AGCUGAUCAUGCAUCUGCUGUGCAACAAUCCACAUGUACAAAGCAAAUCUAGAUUAUUCCCCGAAGAAAUUUCUGUAUUUCGACAAUUUUCACAAAUCGUCUUUCGAAUCCCAUCCAUGAUCUGACAAUCUCCUGAUACCUAAUCAAACCAUGACAACAAGUACAGAAACCCCAGAAGAUAUCUCUAAUUCCCCAAAUUCAGAAUUUCGAGAUGAAAAACCAGCAAUCGCCGAACUCGAAACCCCAAGCACCACUCCCCCAGAUGAAGAAAUCCAAAUCUCAAAAGAACUCGAUCAACUCAUUACCAAGAAAUUCGAUCGACACAUCGUUCCUUGGCUAUUUGGCCUAUGGCUCUUGGCUUUCAUCGAUCGCUCCAACAUUGGCAAUGCGAAAAUCGAUGGAUUAGCUGCCGAUUUGGAUAUUCUGACAGGAACCAAAUUCAACAUCGCGCUCGCUAUCUUCUACGUGCCAUACAUAUGCGUGGAUAUCCCCUCAAACUGGCUCGUCAAGCGCAUAGGCGCAGGCUACUACCUCCCCGCCCUAAUCAUAGGCUGGGGCCUCAUAAGUCUCUGCAUCGGCUUUGUUACCACCUGGAAAUCCCUGCUCGUCGCGCGAUUUUUCCUCGGUCUCAUGGAAGGCGGUCUUCUAGGCGGCAUAAUCAUCUACCUCGCCAUGUUUUACCGUCGUCACCAACUGAUGCGACGGAUUGGACUCUUCUACUGCGCUGCGCCUCUAUCCGGUGCCUUUGGAGGUCUCCUCGCUACGGGCCUCUCGGAAAUAAAAACAAAGAGGUAUAACGGAUGGCCAUUCAUAUUCUUCGUCGAAGGCGGAAUCACGCUUCUCUUCGGCAUUGUGACGAUUUUCUUCCUGCCCCAUACCCCUUCACAUUCGACAUUCCUCACGGAAGAACAACGCUACCUCGCAAUCCAUCGCAUGAAGCUCGAUUACCGCGGGGCGUCGCCCGUGGCCAAUAUAGAUAAUGAGAAAUUUGACUGGCACUGGGUGAAGCUCGCCGUGUUCAAUUGGAACACGUGGUUACUUUCUUUGAAUUUUUUUGCCGUCAUCACGCCCAUCUAUUCGUUUUCGCUCUUCUUACCGACUAUCAUCACUGCGUUGGGGUAUACGAGGGUAAAUGCAAACCUCCUAACGGUCCCCCCAAACAUGACUGCCUUCCUCAGCGUAAUCCUCGUCACUUCUCUCUCAGAUCACUUCAAGCGUCGCGGUCUCUUGAUGCUCAUUUGUGCCAGCAUCGCCAUCAUCGGUUAUGUGAUGCUCAUUGCAACCUCGAGACCUCACGUCCAAUAUGGAGGUACAUUUCUGGUUGCCGCGGGAAGUUUUGCUUGUCCGCCUGUUGUUAUGGGCUGGCUAGCAAACAACACCUCACCCCACUACGUACGGGCCUCGGCAUCCGGUCUCCAAAUCGGCCUCGCCAACAUCGCCGCCUUCAUCGCAACAUUUACCUACAUCGCCGCCGACGCCCCGCGCUAUAUCACCGGCCACGCCAUCAAUCUCGGUAUGUUGGGUUUGUGUUUGAUCGUGACGAGUAUCACAAUGGGGUAUUGUAAGUGGGAGAAUGGGAAGCGGGAGCGGGGGGAGAGGGAUGGGAGGUUGUUGGAGGGGAAUACGGAGAUGUUGGGGCAUAGACAUCCGGAGUUUAGGUAUACUGUUUGA